GUAUUCUGUCAAGGCACAGCUCUUAUCGACAAACAAUCGACGCACCACAAAAAUGCUUAAAGGAUUCAAUCUGCCGCUGAUCCUCUUCCUUGGCUCCAAGUUCCGAUCCACCCAAUCGUUCCUGCACUCUUCCCCUUCCAUCGAUUCCAACAGCUACGCUUCCUCCACCGCGCUCCAGAUGAAGAUCAUCGAUUCGCACCUGCACGUGUGGGCAUCUUCGGCCGAAAGCGCCACCUACCCCUACGCGCCGGAACAAACGCCCCCCGACUCCCUUAUUGACACGUCCUCGACCUCCUCGCUCCUAGACCAAAUGUCGAAGGCGGGGGUGGACGGUGCACUCAUUGUGCAACCGAUCAACCACAAAUACGACCACCGGUACGUCACCGAUGCGUUGAAGGGCCACCCGGAUAAGUUCAAGGGGAUACUGCUCUUUGAUCCCUCCGAAUCCGAUCCCGAUGCCGCCCUGGCCAGGUUCGAGGAAUUGGUUCUACAGGGGUACGUCGGUGUGCGGUUCAAUCCGUAUUUGUUUGAGGGAAAAAUGUGCGAGAACGAGGCGGCGGUGAAAAUCUUCAAGCGCUGUGCGGAGUUGAAGUUCCCGGUGGGAAUCAUGUGCUUCAAGGGGAUCGAUCUGCACUACGAGGACAUCGAAUCUUUGUGCGAUACUAGCCCCGAGACCGUGGUCGUCCUGGAUCAUUUCGGGUUUGCAUCGGUGGAGAACCAGGACCAAUUCGAAAAGGUCUUAAGCCUAAAAAAUAGGAACACGGUGGUAAAAAUUUCGGCUCUGUUUCGCCUGGGUGACCCCGGAGCUCCCAAGUAUGAGAGGGUCCGAACCGAACGAUUCGAACCCCUCCUUGAGGCAUAUGGCCCCGAUCGGUUGAUGUUCGGAACCGAUUUUCCAUUUGUGACACAGGAAGAAAUUGGCUACCAAGGUGCCGUAGACACUGUGCUUUCGUGGAUGAGUAGUCCGGAGGAGAAGAGUGCCGUCAUGGGCGGAACCGCAGAACGACUCUUCGGAGUUUGGGGAGUCAAUUGAAGGAAAAAAUCAAUACAUAGUUCACCA